AAAGACACUUGUCACAACCUUUGGACUUAUCAUUAAUUUGCCUUUAGUUUGAACAACUGCCUGCUGCUAAUCCCAAUACUGAGCUGGACAUGGCAUUUAAUGGAAAAUGGAAAAUCCACAGUCAGGAGAACCAUGAAGAGUUUCUUAAAGCAAUGGCUGUCCCUGAGAUGUUGAUCAAAAUGAUCAAGGGUGUCAAGCCAACGACAAUAAUUGAGCAGAAGGGUGACGACUUCACCAUCAGAGUUGAGACUCCCCUCCGUACUGUCACCAACUCAUUCACUAUAGGGAAGGAGGCAGAAAUCACUGCCAUGGAUGGGAGAAAGUUUAAGUGUACUGCCAGACUGGAGGAUGGGAAGCUCAUCUGCGAUACAGAGAAGUUCUCCCACAUCCGAGAAAUCCAAGGGGAGAACAUGGUUGAGACUAUCACUGCGGCCUCUACAACCCUCACCAGGAUAAGCAAGAGAGUCUGAUCUCUAAAGCCACAGAGACAAGGAUUACAUUUUCAAUUAAUUAAUUUAAAUGACCUUUUAUCUCAGGUAAUAUAAUAGCUAUAAAAUAUUACAUUAAAAUUAUAAAAGACUCAA